UUUUAUUUAUGUUUUAAUAUAAUUUCUCUUAUUCUUAUAUUUUUAGCUGUGGCCCAAGACACCUUCAAAUGUCCUGAUGAUUUUGGUUUCUAUCCACAUACCGUAUCAUGUGAUAAAUACUGGAAAUGUGACAAUAAUGUUUCUGAAUUAAAGACCUGUGGUAAUGGUUUGGCUUUCGAUUCCUCAGAUCCAAAAUACUUGACUGAAAACUGUGAUUAUUUGCACAAUGUAGAAUGCGGAGAGCGUGAACAAUUGGAACCACCAAUUUCCACACCACACUGCUCACGCUUGUACGGUAUCUUCCCUGAUGAAAACAAAUGUGACGUCUUCUGGAACUGCUGGAAUGGUGAACCAUCAAGAUAUCAAUGCUCACCCGGUUUGGCUUAUGACCGCGAAGCACGUGUUUGCAUGUGGGCUGAUCAAGUACCAGAAUGCAAAAAUGAAGAAGUUGCUAAUGGUUUCUCUUGUCCCGCUGCUGGUGAACUUGCUAAUGCCGGUUCAUUCUCAAGGCACGCACAUCCCGAAGAUUGCCGUAAAUACUACAUCUGCUUGGAGGGAGUUGCACGUGAAUAUGGUUGCCCAAUUGGCACAGUUUUCAAAAUUGGUGAUGGUGAAGGUACUGGCAACUGUGAAGAUCCAGAAGAUGUUCCCGGCUGUGAAGACUACUACGGCGAUUUGGACUUGAAGAGCAUCCGUAAAAGUGAACUCUUAGCUGGAUUAAAUACCGAAGGUCGCACCAAGAGUGCACCCAAAGCCAAAGCUGCCUCCUCAUAAACUCUUUUCUGAACCACAAAUACACAUACACACACACAAAUACAUCUCUAACCUUUCACUUUAAUAAAAUUUAAAAACAACAAAACACUAAUUUUCUAAAAGCCACAAAACUUUCCUUUAUAUUUUAUACUUUUUUAUUUCUGUUAUUGUUUUAAAAAAUCUUAUUUUAUUUAAUGUGUUAUUUUUAUUUUAAUUUAAAAUGAAAAUGAAAAAGAAAAUCUGUUUUGUAUUUGUAUUUGUUUUCUCUUUAAAAGAGAAGUGAGUGAGCUCUAAAAUCUAUUACAUUUUUUAGUUUUAUUUAAGCUUCCUCUGUACUACUUUUAUGUUAACUUUAAUUUAUGUUUCCUUUUAUUUUAAAUUUUUUUUUUGUGUUUCCUAUGUUAUUUUAUUAUUAUUAUUACGAUUAUUAUGAUUAUUGUUUCAUGUAUCUGUAAACCCUACUUUUUUAAAUUUGACACUUUUUAUGAAAAUUACGUUUGUAAGUUAAAUUAAAAAUUAGCUUUACCCGCGCUAACUGAGAUCGAACGUUCAGUUCAAAGCUAAACAGCAUCGGAGAGAGAGGGAAUCUUCUGAUUGAAACGUAACUUUUAGAGAUUUGUAAAUUUAAGUGACUUUUGAUUGUAAGUUUAUAAUUUUAUUUUAUAUAAAAAGAAAAAAAUUCAAAAAAAUACAAAAUAAUUUAAAAAAAAUCUCACC